UCUUGGGACCUGUCGCCCGGUACUAUCCCCUCUCCGGAGGCCUUUCCUGGACACUUAGUGCUGGCCGCUGUGAUCUGGUUCAUCUGUGGUGCGGUGAGAGCCAUAGUGAGGACUCGUGAUGCCCAGGAAGCUGGAGAUGGGAUCAGUGUCCUUUGAGGAUGUAGUGGUGGACUUCACCUGGCAGGAGUGGCAGGACCUGGAUGCUGCUCAGAGGACCCUCUACAGGGAUGUGAUGCUGGAGAACUACAGCAGCCUGGUGUUCGUGGGGCACUGCACAACCAAACCUGAGUUGAUCUUCAAGUUGGAGCAUGAAUUUGGGCCUUGGAGUAAAGCAGAAGCCUCAGUCUGGAAUUUCCCAGAUGUUCAAAAAGUAUGUGUCCCGGUUGAGACCAUCCAAGAAAAUGAAGAGAGACAGUGGUGUGAAGUGAAGACCACCAGCAGCGAUAUACCAAAUAAAAAGAUGGCUGAAGCACAACUAAAGGUUCAACGGAAAAUCCAGCAAGGGGAAAAAACAGAUUCAUGUGUCAAAACACACUGCCACAGGCCACAGCACAAGAAGAGCCACACACGUGGGAAACACUGUGAAUGUAGGCACUGUUGUGAAGUUUCCCAUGAGAAGUCAGUGCUCACAGAACAGCAGAGAACUCAAACUAAAGAGAAGACCUAUGAGUGCAAAGAAUGCAGGAAGGGUUUCUACCACAAGUCACACCUCUUUCGACAUCAGAAAAUUCACACGGGAGAGAAGCCCUAUGGAUGUGAAGAAUGCCCAAAAGCCUUCUACCACAAGUGCUAUCUCAUCCAACCAGAGAAACCCUAUGAAUGUGAAGAAUGUAAGAAAGCCUUCUGCUGUAAGUGGCUUCUAACUUUACAUCAGAGAACUCACACAGGAGUGAAGCCUUUUGGAUGUAAAGAGUGCAGGAAAGCCUUCUUCUACAAGUCCCACCUCACUCGACAUCAGAGAACCCAUUCGGGUGAGAAGCCCUAUGAAUGUGGCGAAUGCAAGAAAGCUUUUUGGCAGAAAUCAAACCUUACUGCACACCAGAGAAUUCAUACCGGUGAGAAGCCCUAUGAAUGUAAAGUGUGCAAGAAUGCUUUCUACAACAAGUCAAACCUCACUUUGCAUCAGCGAAUUCACACAGGUGAGAAGGCUUAUGAAUGUAAAGAGUGCUGGAAAGCCUUCUACAGCAAGUCAAAACUCAGUCGACAUCAGGCAACUCAUACAGACUCCCUCAGCUCUAUGCACCUAGGCAUCGCUGAUGUCACCUCCUUUAUUCUGAAAGUUUGCCAGCAAGAAAUUUUUCAGGGAAAGACACUGGAGAGAGAUCCAGACCCUAGGCUGGAGCCUACAGCAGCUCCUCCCACUUCCCAUCUUUCCCACUGGCUGCUGAGCCCCACCACUGCCCCCAUGUGGAGGAAAAGGACACAGCAGAUGAGAAUCCCAGUAGAAAAGUCACCUUGGGUGCAAUGUCAUCAUUUACUGUAAACUUUCCUUUUAGGGCUGUCUCGGCUGUGUCUCAGAGAUCUGAGAGGUUCUGUUUUUAUCAUUAUUUGUUUCUGGGAAUCUUAAAAUGUCCUGUCUGAUUUCUUGAAUGAUCUCCAACUGUUCAUUUAACAACGCAUCCUUCAGCCUCCAAGUAUUUUUGUGGUUUGGGUCAUUUCUCUCAUUGUUGAUUUCUAGUUUUAUUUCAUUGUGGUCUGAUAAGAUGUAAGGAAUUAUCUUAGUUUUGUUGUUUGUUCUAUGUUUUGUUGAGGCUUGAUUACUUUGGGAGAAGGUUAUGAGCGCUGCUGAGAAAAAUGUGUGUUUCUUAUCUGUUGGGAGAAUAUUCUAUAUAUCUCCUAAGUUCAGCUCAUUAAUUUUGCUACGAAGUUUACUUUUCCCUCUAGAAAGAUAACAACAUCUGCUUGUUUAUAUUUUUAAUUUGCUUGGUAUAUUAGUCAGGGUUCUCUAAAGGAACAGACUGAUAGAACGUGUGUGUGUGUGUGUGUGUGUGUGUGUGUGUGUGUGUGUGUGUGUGUGUGUAAAUUAUUAGAGUGGCUUCCAUGCUGUGGUUCAAGUAGUUCCAAAACAAUCAAUCCACAGACUGGACAUCUAAUCAAUCCUAGUUGCGGAUGGAAUCCCCAGGAAGUCCUAGAGAGCUGCUAGUCUUCAGUCUAUGUUAGAAUUCUGAAGAAGUAAUACCAGCAAAGGAAAGCCUCAACAACAGGAUAGAUGAGCUUACCAGCAAGAAUGAGGGCAAGUAGGCAAAAAGCAAAAGCUUCCAACUUCCAUUUCCUAUUCUAUGGGCUGCCACCAGAAGAUAUGGCCCAGAUUUAGGGUAGUUCUUCUGACCUCAAAAGAUCCAGAUUUAGGGCAGGUGUUCCCACCUCAAAUGAUCUAUUCAGAGAAACGCCUUGCGUGUGUGCCCAGAUUCUUGGGUUUUAGUUGAUUCCAGAUGUAGUUAAGUUGACAACCAAGAUUAGCCAUCACACUUGGUAGUUUGUUUUCCAUCCUUUGACAUUGUGGAUUUGGUUUCCUUGCUGAGUAAGUGUGUUUCUUGGAGAGAAUGUAUAGUUGGUUCUUGCUUUUUAAUCCAGUCCAUCAGUCUAUAUCUUUUUAGUGGUAAACUGGGGCCAUUUACUGCUGUGGAAUAAUCCUCUACACUGUGAAAGUGUGUUGCUCUCAUUGUUAAUGAAAAGCUCAUUGGCUUAUAGCUAGGCAGAAAGAGAUUGGGUGAAACAGCCUGAGACAGGGAGAAUGCUGGGGUGGGAGUGGGAAGAAGGGCAAAGUCAGGAAGUCAUAGGCAGACACACAGAAGCAAGACAGACAUGCUGAACUGAGAAAAGGUACCAGGCCAUGUGGCAAAGCAUAAUUAAGAAAGAUGGGUUAAUUUAAGUGUAAGAGUUAGCUAGUAACAAGCCUGAGGUGUCAACUGAGCAUUUAUAAUUCAUAUCCACUCUCUAAGUCUGUUAUUUAGAAGCUGACAGGCAGGAAAGAAAUGACCACGUACAAUUUACAUUUAAGAUUAUUAUAGGAAGGGGCUUGCUAUUUCCUCUAAAUUUGUGAGGUGAUGUUCUUCUGUUUUGCUGGAUUAUUGGUAUUUCUUUUUCUUCUCCUAUAUUGGUUUUGAGGGUUUGCUGAGUUGCUGUGUUGAAGGGGGGUAUUUCUUUCUCAAGUCUAGCUUAUCUAUUGUUUUCAUAAAGUGUAUGCUCAUGAUUCACACGAAGACAGCUGUCCUCCAUUCUUCCUGUGAGGUAUUCCAAUAUAAACCUUCUUCAGUGUCUGGCUUGGUUGUUGUGAAUGGCCUUAAUUUGUGUUUGUCUUGAAAUACCUUUAUUUCUCCAUCAAUGUUGAAAGACAGCUUUGCAGAAUACAGAAUUCUUGGGUCACAGUUUGCUUUCAGAGCUUGAAGUAACUCAUUUUAUGUACUUCUGGCCUUUGUGAAGGCAGAUGAAAAGUCUGGGGCGAUUCUGAUCUUUCUGUCUUUGCCUGUGAGUUGUCAUCUUUUUCAAGCUGCUUUUACAAUUAUUUUUUAACUUAUAUUUUUGACAUCCUGACUGCUGUAUGUCGUGGAGUGUUUCUUCUCUGUUUGUCUAUAUGGAGUUCUAUACACCAAUUUCUUUCUCUAAUCUGAGGCCUCUCUCUCUCUCUUUUUUUCUAUAAUUUCAUUAGUUUUUCUUUUUUUGGAACAAAUCUUUUUUAUUUAACUUUUUUGUUGACUCUUUGGGAGUUUCACAUCAUGCACCCCAAUUCUGCUCACCUCCCGGUCCCCCCAUAUCCUCUCCUCAUCCCUGCCACAAUCCUACCACAAAAGAAAACAAAACACAGUAAUCAAGAACAUUAAAAAACAAAACAUAAAAUUCCCUUUGCUUCUCCUUCUUUCCUCCCUCUCCAUCACUCUUCCCUCAUCCCAGUGGCAUUGGAGGCCUCGGUGUGCCAUAGCGUAUGCCACUUUGUCCCAUCAGCUUGACUGGCAAAUGUUCAUUGCAGUGAGUCACUGGUCUGGUUCAAGGCCUCUGGUUUCUGGUUCACCAUCCUCACUGGAUCCUCACCUGAACUCCUCUGGGGUAUCCUGUGGCCUCCUGAGGCUUGGAGAUCUUGCCAGUAUUGUUCUAUAGAACCAGUCCCUUCACAAGCUCCAGCAGGUCCUAGAUGGGGUAGAUGCUAGGGUGGGUCAACCCAAAGCCCAGCUAUGGGCCUGGGUGGUAGCCAAGCUGGUCAUUCGGGGCCACUGGGGCCAUUCUUUUCAGAUGAGGUGGUGGAGGCAGCUCCCCUACGUGCCUGCCCUCAGGGUCAGUUCACCCUCCCUGUGGUGAGGGGAGGGGGCCAGCUCUCUUGCUUGUAGUGUCCAGUGAGAAGCAAGGUCAGCAUUCCCAGAGCAGUGAAGGAUGGGGCCAGUUCAGCAUGUCACUCUGAUUUCAUCUCCCAUGGUUCCUAAGGCCUCCUGAGGUGACACAGGCCACAGACAUCAACACAGACCCCAGCUGCAGCUGGACCACGGACUCAGACAUGGCCAUUGGCAGCAGCUUCAGCCCUGAUGACAUCCUGGCUAUGGGUAGAAGGAAUGGCCACUCAGGUGGGAAUGGUUCUAGCAGACAUAAGGCCAUCGGACACCACCAAGGCCUCAGUUGCAGCCUCAGCCCUGAGCCUCUAUGUGACCUUUGGUGGCAAAACAUGGCCCAGACUUCAGCACAGACCCCAGGCAAGGUAGGACCAUGGACCCAACAUGGUUCUCAACAACAGCUGAGUCUGGAUGUCACCACUGCCCCAGUGGCAGUAUGGCUCUGAGACACCAACAUGGCCCACGAUCUCAAGUGUUUGCAUGGCCUUCGAUGGUAAGAGGAGCAUCGGACAUCAGCACAGAGCCUGGCUGCAGUAGAGCCACAGACCCUGACAUGGCCCUCGGCUGCAGCUCUGACCUGGGUGUCACCAUGAUGUUGAAUAGCCGCUCAGGCCACUCAGAUCUGGAUGCAUCCUGGCCUUUGGACACCAACCUGGACUCAGGUGGUUAAUCUGAUUCUGGGCUUCCUCAUGGCACUCGGUGGCAACAGGAGCCACAUACAUCAACCCAAACCCUGGUCACUAUAGGGCCACCGACCCAGACAUGGUCCUCAGCAGCAGCCUGGACCCAGAUAACACCAUGGCCCUGGAUGGCAGCACAGGCCACCCUGACCUGUGUGACCCAAGCUGUGGCGUGGCCCCCAGACUCCAACCAAGCCACAGCCUCAGGCCCAGAUCUUGGGACUCUGUAUGGGCCCUAGUGGCAACCUGGGCCACAGACUUCAAAACAGACCCCAGCUGCUGCUGGGCCCCAGGCAGCAGCUUGGCCUGGUCGACAUCCAAGCUCCAAGUGGUAGCCCCAGCCACUCAGAUCAGAUGGCUCUGGCAGCAGCAUAGCCCCUGGACACCAAUAAGGCCACAGGUUUCAAUUCAGACCCCAGGCGUCAUGUGGCCUUUGGUGGAACCCUGGGACAUGGGCAUCAACAUAGACAUCGGCAGCCACAGUAGGUUCAUGGACCCAGACAUGGUCUUUGGCAGCAGCCUAGGCCUGGUUGUCUCCAUGGCUCCAGUUGGUGACAAAGCCUGCCCAGAUAGGUACGGCCCCAGUGGCAGUGUGAUUCAUGGAGCCAAAAAUGGCCCCAGGAGGCGGCCCAACCCACUGGAAUCAGCAUGGUACUCAUUGGCAACAGGAACGGUGGACAUCAACACAGUCCCUAGCUACUGUAGGACCAGGGGUCAGACAUAGGCCUUGGCAGCCAUCCAGCCGGGACAUCAACAUGGACCCUCAGUCUACUCCUCACUGCCUUUACCAUGGCCCCCAAGGGUGGGAGGGGCAAGCAGGCCUCCAACAUCUGCCCGUUCCUCACAUCUUCAUUUCUUUCUUACUGCAUCUUUCCAUAGCUCGUGAUCCGUUCUGCUUCUCUCUCUCCCAUUCUCUACCACAUAUUUCCUUAUCAUAGUAAGGGCCACAUGCCCAUGGCUCUCUUCCCACCAACUGGGGCCUUGAGGAUCCUGGCUGGAUAGCCCCCAUUUGAGCAGAACUGCUUGAGGGUGGGAGUGGCUUUCUUCCCACCCUCAUUAGUUUUCUAUGCCAUUCAAUUUUAUGUCUGUUCCCUCUUCUACACCAUUACUUUCAACUUUAUCCUCUUGAAUGUCCCAGAUCAUUUGAAAAUAUCAUUUAGGUGCCUUAGGGUUUUUUCCCCCUAUUAUAUAAUGUCCCUUGGUAUUAUCUCAACUUUGUCCUCCAUUCCUGAAAUUCUUUCUUUUGCAUGGUCUUGUCCGUUAAUGAUGAUGUCUGUUGUAGAUUUUAUUUAGUUGACAGUUUCCUUCAUUUCAGGUGUUUCUGUUUGAUUGCUGUCUUAGUUGGGGUUUCUAUUGCUAUAAUAAACACCAUGACCAAAAGCAAUUGGGAUGUAAAGCUUAUUUGGCUUACACUUUCACAUCACUGUUCAACAUUAAAGGCAGUCACAGCAGGAACUCAAACAGGGCAGGAAUCUGCAGGCUGAAGCUGAUGCAGAGGACAUGGAGGAGUGCUGCUUACUGGCUUGCUCAGCCUGCUUCUUCUUUUUUCUGAGACAGGAUUUCUUGGUGUAGUUCUGGCUGUUCCAGAACUCGCUCUAUAGACCAGGAUGGCCUCAAACUCACAAGUCUGCCUGCCUGUGCUUCCUAAGAGCUGGGAUUAAAGGUGUAUGUCACCAUAUCCAGCUUCAACCUACUUUUUAUAGACCCCAGGACCACCAGCCCAGGGGUGACCCACCACAAUGGGCUGAGCCUUCCCACAUCAAUCACUAAUUAAGAAAAUACCCACAGCCUGAUCCUAUGGAGGCAUUUUCUCAUUAGAGGUUCCCUUCUCUCAGGUGACUAUAGCUUGUAUCAAGUGGACCUGAAAUUAGUGUACACACAACAAAUUCUCUACAGGUGUCUGUUCAGAGGAGAUUUCUACCAGGGUCCAUAACAGAUGUUACAAGCAGCUAGAAUACUAAUCUGAGGGAUCUCAAAUGAAUCUAAGCACAUGGAGCUCUUUAGUCCAUUCACUAUAUUCUUCUAAAUCAGUUCUCUCUACACAGCCUCUUUGCAGUUCUCAUACUUAGCUCCUCUCUGUCCCUUCUUCUGCUGUUCUCUCAUUGUUUUAUCUUGAUUCUUUUUCCUUUGUUCUCCCCAAGA